AAUUCUUGUAAUGCAUCAACAGGUAAUCCCUCAAGUUCUUGUAAAGUCCCAAGGACAGGUGACAGACUUGCAAAAACAAAUAAAUUUUUACGGAAGUAGGAUACAGGAUGCAGAAACAUAUCUACAAAUGACCAAA